AUGACUCACUGCAUCACUGCUCAGGAGUUUUGGCCUGUAGAUUUGGAAAAAUUUCAUCAUGUGUGUCCCGCAUACGAUUCAGCGCGUCAAGAAGCUUUCUUAAUGCUAGAUCGUGUAGCGUUUGGAGUAGGCGAAGAUGCAACAUACAGUAUUCCAACUUUUUUUUGUUGUCAUGAUACGGCUAUUGGGAAGGAAAAACAGGAUCCUAUCAUCGCAUCUCCCGUUAUAAAGCGCUCAUUUAUGAUUCUAUGCGGGCUAAUCGUCGAAGAAAGUCAAGAUGCAGUCAGUUGGCGAUAG